UUGGAAGAGGAAUGCUUGUCACCUACUCCUCUUUAAGUUCCCAAUCUCUGUGAACACUUCUUGGGCACCAGAACAGAGGAAAUACAGAGGCACGCAGCCCACAAGUUUCGAUCUGGCUUGCUCUGUUGCUAUACUGUUGAGUACUUCUCUUCUCUGCUCUGCUCUGCUCAUGGACACGCACAAAUGCAAGCUCUGUUCCAGGCGUUUCGCCAGCGGCAGGGCUCUCGGCGGCCACAUGAGGUCUCACAUGGCCACCCUCCCGAUUCCUCCCAAGCCCCCCCAAUUCGGCGACCGUACUGACUCAGUUUCUUCUUCAUCUUCUUCGGAGGAGGAAGAUGAGAGAAAAAGCGAAGAAGCAGAGGAGAAGAUCAGAGAAGGAGAGGAGAAAGCUUUGGGUUAUGGGCUGAGGGAGAACCCCAAGCGGAGUUUCAGGUUCGCAGAUCCCGAGUUCUCUUUUGCGGCGGAUACUGGGUCAGUGGUUCAGGACAGAGAGAGCGAGGCCGAAUCGCCGAGGAACCCGGCUCGGCAGCGAUCGAAGAGGAAGCGGAGGACGGCUGAGUCAACCCCGGAGUUGGAACCGGUGAGCUCGGUGUCGGAUACAUCUCCGGAAGAGGGUGUGGCUCUGUGCCUGAUGAUGCUGUCGAGAGAUAAAUGGAGGGGAGAGGAGGUGGAAGAGAGCGACUCGGGCGAGUCGAAGCUGAGGCGGACUCGGGGGAAGUUCAGGUGCGAAACGUGCAAUAAGACGUUUGGAUCGUACAAGGCGCUGGGUGGGCACAAAGCGAGUCACCGGAAGACGAAAGGGUGCGCCGGAGAUGAAACAGAGACGGCUAAUGUGGUUUCUGGUGAUCUGAAAAUCCAUGAAUGCCCAUUUUGCUAUAAGGUAUUCGGGUCAGGGCAAGCACUGGGAGGGCACAAGAGAUCACACAUCUUGGCUUCGUCUACUGCUUCAAAUUGUUCUAAAUUAGGAGUCAAUUUGAUAGAUCUCAACGUGCCAGCUCCGGUGGAAGAUGACCAGUUCGAGAGCUCUGCAGUCUCUGAUGCAGAGUUCAUCAAAUCUCAUUGAUGGUCAACUGAAACGUUCAUAGCCGCCAUUGGCAGAGUUGGUAAGUUCCAAAAAAACAAAAACGUAUUUUCGUGGCAUAUUGUUGGGAUCUGAGACUGCGUUUAUUUUCGUUUUGGGCAUUUGGGUCAAAUGGGUAUUCUUUAGUUUUACAGGUAUCUUCUUCUAUGUCAUGGAUCAGGUACCAAUGCUCUGUAGUUCUGAACUGUUUUUCUAAAAGCUUCUUGCUGAUUUUUCUUUUUGGAUAUUACCUUCACAAGUUCAAGUGCUGUUUCUUGCUGUGAA